CAUUACCUGCUGUCUACGAUUGGUCAGUGACGAUUCAGGCAGUGCAGGAUUCUAAAACCCCUCCGUGAACAUGGACAUAUAACUGAGUGAAUGCGGCUGCCCCGCGUCUAGUAGUGUGGCACCGGCUACAGUCAGUCGGGACGACGUCAGUUGGAUGUAAAGACAAGGAAACUUCACUCUCAGGAAACUGAGUGUGUUUUUAAAUUAAGCUCAGCGAUCGGGUAAUCCUUGGACUUUCUCGUAGGAGAACUGUGUUUGAGAGAAUCCGACAUCAAAUUCGGCGGCUGCUAAACCACCAUUCAACAACUGACAGAUAAGAGGAAAGCCAUGGAUUUGUAUGACAAAGAUGCAGCAUCUGGAGACGUUCUGCCUGUUGUAGUAAUUGGUAAUGGUCCAUCUGGCAUAUGCCUGUCUUACUUAUUGUCAGGCUAUACACCUUACCUGUCCCCUGAGGGGAUCCAUCCAAAUCCCAUUCUCCAGAGCAAACUACACGAGAACUCUCACCUCCCCUUGUUGGAACAGGAUCUGGAGUACCUGUGUGAAGGGCUGGAAGGUCGGUCAUCCAACCCAGUAGCAGUGCUGUUUGACUCAUUGCUUCUGCCAGAUAGCGAUUUCGGCCUGGACUGUGCCUCCCCUCUUCUCUGGCGCUAUGAGCCAGACAGGGCGACCCCUCACCUGGUUCUCGGCAAAGGCCCGCCUGGAGGCGCCUGGCAUGCAAUGGAGGGAUCUAUGCUCACUCUCAGUCUGGCCAAUUGGAUGGAACUACCUGAGCUGAAGUUGAAAGACUGGAUGAGAGAGAAACGCAGGAAUGUGCGUAAUGACCGCGCCACGCCUGCUGAGAUUGCCUCAUAUUACCAGCACUAUGUCACCCAGAUGGGCCUUGAGCAGAACUUUGGCUGUGGCUCGGUCACCUCUGUGCAACGUGUACACCUGCAGAACGAGGGCCGCUCCGUGUGGGAGAUCCAGGGUGUGCAGAAGAGGCCCCCUGUGGAGGAAAGCGUUGAAGAGGAGAGGGAGGAUGUGGAGCUCCCUUUCUCUGUAUAUGCAGAGAACGUGGUGCUAGCCACAGGCACCCACGAUAUUCCAGCCCGCUUGGGCGUGGAGGGUGAGGGCCUGCCCUUUGUGUCCCACAGCUUCUGGGAACUAGAGGCGGCCAUCUCCGCGGGGAAGCUGAACGACAUGUCUGACCCAGUCCUGGUGGUGGGUGCGGGGCUGACGGCAGCGGACGCGGUGCUGGCUACUCACCAUCUAAGCAUACCAGUGUACCACGCCUUCAGGCGCUCAGUCGCCGACCCAGGUCUCAUCUUCAACCAGCUGCCCAAACUGCUCUACCCAGAGUACCACAAAGUGCACCAGAUGAUGACCCAGCAGCAGCACCAACCGGGUGAUGUGCUCUCGAGCCUGGAGAGGACCCCUCUCACCUCCUUGGUUGAAACCAGCCCAAACUCCUAUUGCUGCUCCUACCCUGGCUACAUCAGUUUGCCUAAACAUCGCGUUUUGGCCAUCCGACCCGACCGCAAGUGUGUCCUGGAGGGGGAGGGGGGCAGGCAGACUAUUUUGCAGGUCUCCAUGGUCCUGGUGCUGAUUGGAGCCCAUCCCAAUCUGUCUUUCCUGCCCGAGGAGGGACGCCCGCUGGGGCUCAACCCCCAAGAACCCAUCACCUGCAGGCGCAACCCACUGGACGUGGACCCUUUCACCCACGAGUCGGUGCAAGAACCGGGCCUGUAUGCCAUGGGCCCACUGGUGGGGGAGAACUUUGUGCGCUUCCUCAAAGGUGGGGCCUUGGCCAUCGCAAGCGACAUGGCGCGCAAGCAGCGAGAGAAGGGGCACAGCACAGAGGCCCUGGUAGCAUAGACUGAAGUAUCCUGCACCCUGGAUGUCUAAAGAAGUACAGAAGACUACUUUUCCUACUACCACAGCUUUCCUCCAGCCCACUCAGCUCUAGGUUUUCCUAGAGCUCCGGUAUAGUAGCUUAUCUCAGGACCUGUAUGAUGUGGCCUGCGUGACGACGAGGCUUUGCAGGCCACAAAGAGCUAGAGCUCAGAGAGUCUCUUGUGCCAAAAGUCUGUUCUCCCAGGGAGAGGGUGAAUUAUGAAGCUGCAAUAACAAGCUGUAAAGGGCCCCCAAUUCAGAGCACAGGAGGAUGGGAGGGAGGAAGGGAGAAGGAGAUCAAGCUUAUGUGUAAGAUUCCAAAUGGGCUUUAGAGUCCAAAGGUUGAAUUCAGACAACUGUAGUUGUUGUAGGAGUACGCACUGCAGAUGCUUGUGACAUAGAUGCACUUGGUUAAUGUUUGAAAUGUCAAAAUGACCCAAUUUUGUAAGAUGAUAUUUCCCUGUUUUUUCAGGGUUCAUGGUAAAAGCAGCAAUAACAUUAGUCAACAUCAUUAUGACACACCAACAUUUUUUUUUUGUGUGGUUCUUUUCAUAUAUUUUAUAGCCUGUAUUUGUCCACUUUCCCAAAGCAAAAAACAAAGAUCUAAUCUUUAUACCAAGAAAAUAAUCCUUAAAUGCAAAGGGAGGGUUUGCUCAGCAAAAUCACAAUUUGGUAUCAUUCCUGGUACUGACAUAGCUACUCUUACCUUACCUUACUCAUACAUACCUUACUUUGUACCUUUUGCUUUACUGAUGGUGUAAGGAAAGUGCCCAGAAAAUGAAGGUGCAUGAAAAGAUGUCUGUUAUGCUGCUUAUUUUCAUAUUUUGUGUGUUUUUGCCUGGGAUGUAAAGUGUGUCAUUGCACAAGUUACAGAUGGGUUAAAUUGCCUUUGUUAAAGUUAGUUUUUCCAAAUGUUUCUAUUGGCGUAAGGUCUACAGAAAGUCUUUAAGCUGUCGUUCUGGUCAGUGUUGGUGCUCUUUCUAUCCUCUCCAUUUGCCAAUCAAGUAAAAAAAAAUUGUCAUGAAGAGGCCAACCAUGGUAAUCCCGAAGUGCAUGCAUUCAAAAAAUGCAUUUAAAACCCUUGCAUUCCUUAUCUCCUUGAAUUGGGUUUCUGCCUUUUAUUUUAAUGAUCAUGUAACCUGACCCAUUCUGUAUGGUGUGACCACAUCAGGGUGAUUUUUGUACUUUUAUCAUUCGUAAAGAUUUAUUUUAUAGCCAUAUGGGUGGAAAUGGUUGUGGUAACCAUGUCUUUCACAACCUUGGGUCCUUUACCAAAGGCCUGGGAGUUACAGUCUGUCGGUUCUAUGCAAUAUAAUCUCUGUUUCCAGGACUUCACUUCUCUGGGAAGAGAGACUAGAAGUUCCUGGGUUCUGUUGAAGCCACUCUCCCAGUUUGGAGGUCACUUUCCCAAGUGCUCCUACAGCUACUGGAAUGCACAUUUGCCUUUACUUUCUUUAUUCUGUCUGAUUCCUCUUUCCGCCAACUUGAUAUUAAAAAAAGGACAUUACCCAGAUGCAUUACUUAAGUGGAUGUAUGGGCUUUUGCUACUGUUAUUUAAGCAGUGUAUUUUAGUAAUUGGGGCAAUCUUUGAUCUCCUGUUAAGAACAUUUGCUACAUUUGAUCAAUUCUACUGUGUUGUAAAAAAACUCUAAAGUUAAGACUUUCAGUGAAAUAUUUUACAGAGGAAAGUUUCAUUUUCUUAGAAUUACUCUAAUUUGUCUUUUACGUCAAAGGCAGCUAACCAAAUCUGUUUGUACACUUUCUGUUGAAUCAUGAAAUUAGUGCAUUGUACAUUUUCAGAUUUGAUUUGUAUCCAUGAUUUCUAUCAAAUACAAAGUUUUCAAAACA